GUAUCAAAAAUGCCACGCCCAAAGAUUGCACUCGUUGGAGGAGGCCAAAUUGGUGCGGUACUAGCCUUCCUUAGCUCUUUAAAGGAACUUGGGGAUGUCUCAAUUUUCGACAUCGUCGAAGGUAUGCCUCAAGGGAAGGCUCUAGACAUAUCUCAAGUUGGCCCUAUCGAAGGCUUUGAUGCAGCUCUCUCGGGGGCUAACCAAUUUUCUGCCCUUCAAGGAGCUGAUGUGGUCAUCGUGACCGCUGGAGUACCAAGGAAGCCUGGUAUGUCUCGCGAUGACCUACUAAGCAUCAACUCGAAGAUUGUAACUGGUGUUGCGGAUAGUAUUAAGCUCUACGCGCCGGAUGCAUUCGUGAUAUGCCUCACGAACCCAUUGGAUGCAAUGGUCCAGCUAAUGCGGGAACGCAGUGGCUUGCCACCUCAAAAGGUUGUGGGAAUGGCGGGAGUACUCGAUGCAGCGCGUUUUAGGACCUUCGUUGCCGAACGGAUGCAGGUAUCUGUGGAGGAUGUGCACGCCAUGGUUAUGGGAGGCCACGGCGAUGCCAUGGUCCCUCUACCACGCUAUUGCACAGUGGGUGGGAUUCCACUUCCUGACUUGGUCGCCAUGGGUCAGCUGACGCAGAAGGAUAUAGAUGAGAUGGUAGAACGCACACGCAACGGCGGCGGUGAAAUCGUCAGCCUGCUCAAAACAGGCUCAGCGUUCUUUGCACCGGCAGCAGCAGGAGUGCUCAUGGCUGAGGCCUAUUUAAAGGAUAAAAAGAGGGUCAUCCCAUGUGCAGCUUACCUUACCGGACAAUACGGCGUCUCUAACCUCUACGUUGGCGUGCCAUGCAUUAUUGGCGGAGGCGGUGUUGAGAAGAUCCUUGAGCUGCACCUGACAAGCGAAGAGCGAUCCAUGUUUGAAAAGUCUGUGGAAUCUGUCAGGUCACUUGUUGAGGCUCUUCCCAAGAAUCUGCAGUAA